AUUUAAAUAUGCUGAGGUUGGUGAGUAAGAAGUCAUUCUCCUCUACAUUUAAUGUGUUGGAUACAUUCAAGACUCUAAAAAGCGUGAUUACUGCCCCAAUCAGACACAUAAAGUCAUAUGUGCGAUAAGAUGGUGUGCACAGUUCAAUGACACCAAACUUGACUUAUUAGGCUUUCGACGAAGUGCUUCAUGAAUAUUAUGCUGCCUAUUCCGGGAAUCCCUUCCAUUUACAAGUUUACAAUAACUUAGAUAAUAUCUAAACAGUCAACUUUGGUACAGUAGACAAUCCCUGUGUGAUUUUUACUGCUGAUACUCCCUUCAGAUAUGUUGGAUGCACUGGUUUACAGAAUGAAGAUGAUUAUGAAUAACACGAAAUCCAUCUCUUCAUGUUAAGAGAAGGUCCGUUGUAGAGAUGUCCAAUGUGCGGUCAAGUCUUCAAAUUGGUUAGACUCAGAUAAUAAGAGGAUGAGGAAAUGUCCUACUAUAGAGAUUCAUUCCAUCCCAUUGAUAUUUUUGAAUUGGAUAAUGAAAAUAUUUAAUCCAUUAAU